GUGGUCCCAGGCCAACAGUGACCUUGCUGACCAGCUGCAGAAGGCCGAGAGUCAGCUGCAGCUCUGGAAGGCUUACCACAGUGCUCACGCCGAAGCCACCGCCCGGCUGGCUCAACAGGAAGUGAAGUUUGAGCAGCUUGCAGACAUCAACACAUCUGGAAACAAUGUGGCAGAGGUCCUCCCGCUGGCCCUUCAGGAUGUAAAGGAGCUACAGGAUGGUGUGCAGAAGACAAAAGAAACCUUUCUCCAAAAUAUCACCCUCCUGGAUGGACUCCCUCAGCCCACAGAGCUGGGCAGCCCCCAGCAGUUCACAGUUCAACGGCACUCCCUGCAGAGAGCUGACUACCUGGAAAAGAUGCUGUUGCUGAAGGCGAAUGAAUUCGAGGUUCAUUUCACUCUUCCAUUCAGGUCGAAGGCUUUGGGCAUUUGCAUACUGCCUUCCAUAACCGUGCUUAAUGAAGCCAUGCCAACCUACAUGAGUCUGGCUUCCACCACAGGCAGUGGCAGAUCUUAA